AUGCCCAAAAAAGCGAAGGAAAGCAGUGAUAAACGAGAGCAGGACAAAAAGAUGACAAAACAAGACUCGGCUUCUGCAAAUAAAGAUGUUUCCGGAGAGAAAGAGAAGAUCUAUUUAGCACAGAUUGGAUUCUUGAGUGAAAAGUUGGAAAGAUUUGAGCAGAAAUGUGAUGAACUGGAGACACAGAAGAAGGACUUAAACCUGAAGUACAGCUCCCUGGAGAUGGAGAAGGCCGAUAUCGUGGAUUUUCUGAGACGCUCUUUACUGGACAAAGAGGAGGAAGUGGAGAGACUGAGUGAGCGUGUGGAGACUGUUCAGGAGGAGGCUCAGAGAGAACGAGAGGAGACGCAGCUACAGCACAAACUACAGAAGGAGCAACUGCAAAAGAGGAUGGACGCACUGACUGUGGAGAAUAAAACACUCUUGGAAAAGCUCACCUGUGUGGAGCAGUUCCUAAACGAAAGGGACCAGAUGACAGCCAACUUAGACGCUCUGAAAAAACAACUUUCCCGUCAAGAAAAGGAGCACAGGGUGGACCUCCACAACCGGGACAUCCAGGCACUGAUGGACAAGAACAAGUGGGAGAAGAAACUGGAGAGCCAUGUAGCUGAUAUGGAGUCAGAGGUCCAGUCCUUGGUGAACCAGAAGCUCCCACAGACCACCGUCCUGGCCCUAGAGCAGAACACGGAGCUAAGGGAGCGUUUUCUCCAGCUGUCGCAGCACGCUCAGGAGCUGGUACAGAGGAACACAGCUCUGCAGAAGACCAAGACUGAACUUAAACUGGACGUGGAAAACCUGGAGCAAAUGUUCAAAGAGGUGUCCCGGAAUAACUGCGUUCAGAAAAGAGUGGUUGAACAGCUCACAGAGAAGUGCACACAGCUACAGACGGAGCUAAAACAGUAUAAACACAAGUGUCAACAGCUGCACUCGCUGCAUUCACAGACUAUGGACGAAAUGGAGAUGCUCAGGACGGACAAGGCCUCUGUGUUCAAGCAGUGCAAUAAAAAACAAUAUGACAUCAGUCGUCUGGAGGCGGAGCUACAGCAGGCGAGGAAGAAGAGGAGUGAGAUGAAGAGCGUCGUACAGAAGGGAUGUGUUAUACUUAAAGAGGCACUGAUGGAACAAACACAGAGGGGAAUCAUCAUCCUCUAG